GGGACGGGCCAUCCACACGCAGGCCAGUAAGCUGAAGCGCCACAUCCGCUCACACACGGGGGAGCGCCCCUUCCAGUGCCUUCUGUGCAGCUACGCGAGCAAAGACACCUACAAGCUGAAGCGGCACAUGAGGACGCACUCAGGUGAGAAGCCGUACGAAUGCCACGUUUGUCACGCACGCUUCACCCAGAGCGGCACCAUGAAAAUACACAUCCUACAGAAGCACAGCGAGAAUGUCCCCAAAUACCAGUGUCCGCACUGUGCCACCGUCAUCGCGAGGAAGAGCGACCUGCGUGUCCAUCUGCGGAACCUGCAUACUUACAAGGCCGCAGAGAUGAAGUGUCGCUGUUGUUCUGCUGUCUUCCAUGAACGCUACGCCCUCAUUCAGCACCAGAAGACUCAUAAGAACGAGAAGAGGUUCAAGUGUGAACACUGUAGUUAUGCCUGCAAGCAGGAACGUCAUAUGACCGUUCACAUACGCACCCACACCGGAGAGAAGCCGUUCCCCUGCCUCUCGUGUGAUAAAUGUUUCCGACAGAAGCAACUUCUAAAUGUGCACCUCAAGAAGUACCAUGAUGCCAAUUUCAUCCCGGCCGUUUACGAAUGCCCCAAGUGUGGCAAGGGCUUCUCCCGCUGGAGUAACAUGCAGAGACACUCGGCGAAGUGUGGCUCGGGGCCAGGAAAGCCGGCUGCCUUGGGGAAAGCGAGAAGAACCAAGAGAAAGCCAGCCAUCCCAAAAGAGGCAGCCCAGGAAGACGGUAACUCUUUUUCAACAAACGGGGUUCUAAUCUGCGAGUGA